UGGUGUUUAUUGAGAAAAAAAACUGAUAGAUGGACUGAUAGAUGGUAGGGUAUUGUUUUUUUAAAGAAAAGAAUAAGGGAGUUAUACUCCAGUCUAGUAGGUGGCGGUAAUGCAACAUUUAUUGGAUGACAACCGCCGUUAAACCUCAUGGAAGAAGACGAAGUGUGGAGGGAUUAACAUGGCGUCUAUGGUUGCUGUGUUGAUCGGGGCCGUGGAUGAGAAAAACAAAAUACUGAACAGAAAGAUAAAGACGGUCUAGGUGCAUUUUGAGCUAAAACCUGCAUAUUACAGUAAGGUUUUCAUUGUACUAGCUGCCUCACUAGACCCUGAUCACCCUCAAUACAGAGUAGCAGCUAGAGAGUGGGAGAGGACAGGAUCGAGGCAUGGAGGAAUCAAAAAACCAUUAAAAUCAGUCAAGCACUCUCGCAAUGAGGCCAAGGGAGCCAAAGCUUCAUCCUCUGCCAGCUCCAGGCCCCUGAAAGAGGCUCCAGCCCAGAGAGUGUGUCCCAAGCCUGCCACUGCCUGUCGGAGCAAGGAGAACAUCACCACAGCCAGGGAAGACCAUAAGGACCAAGGCAAUAACUGUGGGACAGGUACAGGCAGAGCCUCCACUGCCAGCCCUCAGGACCCAGGGAGAGGGAAGCCUCGUAGGCUAACUGGGAGGACCAGCUCUGGGGAGAGGGGGAAGGUGAGACUUGAAGGCCUGCAGCAGCAGAGGGGUGAUGCUAGACCCUCGUUGGUUACAGGACGCAGCCCGGCUGGUGUAGGUGUAGACAGAGACACAGGAGCCACAGGUAUGGUGGCCACUUCAUCUGAAGAAGGCCUUACUUUACAGACCAAGACAAGUCCAUUGAAGGAGAAGUCACCGGGUGAGAAAGCUGGUGCUGUGGUGGGCACGGGGCAGCCUGCAUUGGAGGUCACUGUGGUGGGGUCAGGGGUCAACGAGCGGGGUCAGGGUAAAAACAUGACCUCUGAGCAGAAGCUGGGUCUCAGACAGGCUGAGGAGCGCCUCUACAGAGACUACAUACACAGACUGGUCAAGCAGUCUCCUGAAUACCCUAACUUCCAGUAUCUAUGCAAGCUGUGUUCUGUACACAUUGAGAACAUACAGGGGGCACACAAACACAUCAAGGAGAAAAGACACAAGAAGAACAUCAUGGUGAGAGAAAAAGAUAAGCAGGAGGAGAACGAGCUGCGGGCGCUGCCUGCCCCCUUCCCAGCCCAGCUCGGCGCCGUUGACGCAGCCGUCCUCCGGGUGGCCAACCAACACGGCAUCUCAGACCAGGACUUCCUGGUGCGACAGGAAGUGGUUGACAGGAUGGAGGCGAUCAUCCAGCAGCACCUCUCAGUUUGCUCCCUUCGGCUCUACGGCUCCUGUCUCACCCGAUUUGCCUUCAAGACAAGUGACAUUAACAUUGAUGUCACCUACCCCUCCACUAUGACCCAACCAGAUGUGCUGAUACUAGUACUGGAAAUCCUGAAGAACAGCACUGAAUAUUCUGAGGUGGAGUCUGACUUUCACGCCAAAGUUCCGGUAGUGUUUUGCAGAGAGGUCAACAGUAGGUUGUUGUGCAAGGUGAGUGCAGGUAAUGAUGUAGCCUGCCUCACUACCAACCACCUGGCUGCCCUGGCUAGACUGGAACCCAGACUGGUGCCUCUGGUCUUGGCCUUCCGCCUCUGGGCUAAGUUGUGCCACAUUGACUGCCAGGCGGAAGGAGGUAUCCCCUCCUACUCCUUCUCUCUCAUGGUCAUCUUCUUCCUCCAACAACGCAGGGAGCCCAUCCUUCCUGUCUACUUCGGCUACUGGAUUGAAGGCUUUGAUGUGAAGCAUGUGGACGAGUACCAUCUAACGGGGAUAGAGAUGGAUAUAUUUGUGGGGUGGGAGCACAGACCCCCCAGUACAGAGGGACGGGGGGAAGGCAGGGGGGAAGGACGGAAGGCCAAGCCUGAGCAAAAGAAACCUGAGGUGAAGAACCGGCAUGUAGCGGGGAAGACGCGUCUAUCCCUGGACCUGGGUAAGGGUGUGUCCCUGGGCCAGCUGUGGCUGGAGCUGCUGAGGUUCUACACGCUGGAGUUCGCCCUGGAGGAACACAUCAUCAGCAUCCGCCUUAAAGAACUUCUCUCGAGAGAGAUGAAGAACUGGCCCCGACGCAGGCUGGCCAUCGAGGAUCCGUUUGCCCUGAAGAGGAACGUCGCACGCAGCCUCAACAGUCAGAUGGUCUUUGAGUACAUCCAGGAGCGCUUCCGCACCGCCUACAAAUACUUUGCCUGCCCGCAGAGCAAGGACCGAAACACCGUGGAGCACCAGAGAGGCAAGGAUACAACCAAACAUGGGGGCAUGAAACAGGAGGAAGAUGGAAGAAAGGGUGGAGAAGAAGGGUCUGAGAAGAGUGGAGGUGGACAGGGCGAUGGGAAUGAAGGGAAAAGUCAGAGCUCUGAGACAGGUCCGAAGGAGGAUGGUGAGAGUGAUGAAGGGGAACGAGCUGAGCGGGCUCAGGAGGAGGAGGAGAGGGCAUUGAAUGGCGGGCUUAUGGACUUGGUCCUUAGUGGGGGCACUUCAACGGAUGGGGCUGGAGCUGAGCCUGGCACCACUCUGGAGCCUUCCUCCGCCUCAACCCAUAACGGCCUACUGGAUAGGGAUGAAGAGGAGGAGAACCAUGUGUCGGAGAAGCAGGGACAUAUUGCACCAGAGGACCUGCACUAUAUCUUUGACAGAAUGAUCUUCACUGGCGGAAAGCCUCCUACAGUCGUGUGCAGCACAUGUAAGAGAGAUGGCCAUCUGAAGGACGAGUGUCCUGAGGACUUCAAGAAGAUCGAGCUCAAACCGCUGCCCCCCAUGACCGACCGCUUCAGAGACAUCCUGGAUGGCCUUUGUAGACUCUGCUACCAUGAGCUGUCCCCUUCCACUGGAGAGCAGCAGAAGAGAGAGCAGAUCCUGGGUAGUCUGGAGAGGUUCAUACAAAAGGAGUACAAUGACAAUGCCCAGCUGUGUUUGUUUGGCUCCUCCAAGAACGGCUUUGGUUUCCGCGACAGCGACCUGGACAUCUGUAUGACCCUGGAGGGCCAUGAUACAGCAGAGAAGUUGAACUGCAAAGAGAUCAUCGAAGGCCUAGCCAAGGUGCUAAAGAAACACACAGGUCUGAGGAACAUCCUGCCUAUCACAACAGCCAAAGUGCCUAUUGUGAAGUUUGAACACAGACAGAGCGGACUGGAGGCAGACAUAAGCCUCUACAACACUCUGGCUCAACACAACACCAGAAUGCUGGCGACCUACGCUGCCCUAGACCCUCGCGUGCAGUUCCUGGGAUACACCAUGAAGGUGUUUGCGAAGCGCUGUGACAUAGGUGACGCGUCCAGAGGAAGUCUGUCAUCCUACGCCUACAUCCUCAUGGUGCUCUACUUCCUGCAGCAGAGACAGCCCCCCGUCAUCCCUGUUCUCCAAGAGGUCUUUGAUGGACAUUCUGUACCACAGAGGAUAGUGGAUGGUUGGAAUGCCUUCUUCUUUGAUGACAUUGAGGAACUGCGUCAGCGUCUGCCAGACCUUCCGCAGAACCGUGAGACUGUGGGGGAGCUGUGGCUGGGCCUGCUCAGGUUCUACACUGAGGAGUUUGACUUUAAGGAGCACGUCAUCAGCAUCCGCCAGAGGAAACGAAUCACCACCUUCGAGAAGCAGUGGACCUCCAAGUGCAUCGCCAUCGAAGAUCCCUUUGACUUGAAUCACAAUCUUGGUGCUGGAGUUUCUCGCAAAAUGACUAACUUCAUCAUGAAGGCAUUUAUCAACGGCAGGAAGCUGUUUGGUACUCCCUUCUACCCCCAGCCUGGCAUAGAGGCGAACUACUUCUUUGACUCCAAGGUGCUCACGGACGGGGAGCUGGCACCUAACGACAGGUGCUGUCGGAUCUGUGGCAAGAUCGGCCAUUACAUGAAGGACUGCCCCAAAAGACGCAGGUACACAGGGAGAGAACAUCAGGGGAUGAAGAAGAAGGAGAACGAAAAAGAGGAUGAUGUCAAGGAUGGAGACGAUCAUGAGCCACGGGAGCGUCGCUGUUUCCAGUGUGGUGAAAUUGGUCAUGUACGGCGGGACUGCCCAGAGUACCGCCACCUUAGACAGAAAGCCGCAGGGGGACCAGUUUCCCACAUAGUGCGAGCCAUGGUAAGCUCCCAGUCCAUCCCCAUCCCCCAACCUCCCCAGGACCUCCCUGGACGCACCAGACAACCUUCCGAAUGUUCUGAUUCCCGCCAGACUCCGCCCUAUUCCCCUCAGCCCACCCUGUUCUCCCAGGGUUCCAGCCAAUCCUCCAGCUCCCCCCAGCCCUCCUCCUCCAAGACAUCCACCUCCGUUGGAGGGGGACCCCACAAGCAGCCCCAACAUCCCCAGGUUCCCCUCUCUCUCUUUGGCUUCCCUCCCUCCCACCCAAGCCAGUACCACCACCCUGGAGCUCUCACUGCUCUGGGGCUACUGCCGUCCCAGCACCAAUCACACCUGUCCCAGGGGCACCAGGCCCAUCACCAACCCCACCACCCCUCCACCUCCUGGCCCAUCCAUGGCCCCGUCCUCCAGACCUCCAGUGGCCCCAACGGGCCCUCCCCGCCCGGCCUAAAAUUCCCCUUGUGCCAGGCCCCCGGGCAAAGGAAUGGGAACACAGGCCCAGGGGGGUCUCCGGUGGGUGGCAGCCUCAUGAACCUCAAUGACCCCAGCAUCAUCUUCGCCCAGCCGGCGGGGAGGCCCAUGGGCUUGGGAGGAGGGCCGGGACUGGACGGGCACUGGCACAACCACCUGGCACAGCAAGGGGCACUGGUGGCUAAUGGCACUGUGGGCAAGUCAGAUCCGGGCUACCAGACCCAGUUGGGGGGUGUGAGUCAGCAGGGCUCUAGAAAUUGGGAGCACAGCAACGCAGCCCACUACUCCCAGUCCCCGUCCUGGCCCUACCGCAUGCCACAGAAAUUCAUCCAGCAGGGCAACGGGUGCUACCCUCAACCCAGCAAGCCCGUCAUUUCCCAAAGUUCUGUGGUGCACCCCAGUCAGCAUUUCCCACUCCUCCCCCACGGACGACGACAUGUCAACCUCAAUUACAUCCAACAGAAGAAAUGAACGUUGAAUUCUAAACUCUGCUCCAAUAGCAUAUUCAUUCAAUUAGGUUUUAUGGUCCUUCACCAUGACAAAACAAAAACGAUAUAAUCGAAAUUUGCAUCAUUUGGUCACAAUACUUUUUAAAUGAAUUUUAUCAUUUUUGUACAGUUUUUACGUUUUUGUUGGUCUCCUUACAUUGAUUUGUGAUACAAAUGUCAAAUAUUUUAAUACCCCAAUUUUUGAAGGGGUCCAAAAAGUGUUUCUUUUAUUGUGUAAAGGAAGUAGGUAAUUUUUUUUGCUGUAUUCAUACUUUGCUUGCUUAAGGAUAAAAGCUUUGAAUAGAUAUUUGUAAAAAUAUAUAUAUAUAUAUAUCAUGCCCACCCCUGAUAGUUACAGUGCCUUUAGAAAGUAUUCAUACCCACGGAUUUAUUCCACAUUUUGUUCUUACAGCCUGAAUUGAAAAUGGAUUCAAUUGUUAUCUACACACAAUACCUCAUAAUGACAAGGUGAAAACAUGUUUGUAGAAAUAUUUUGCACAUUUUAUAGAAAAUGAAAUGCAUGCAUCGAAUUUACUUAAGUAUUCACACCCCUGACUCAAUACUUUGUAGAAGCACCUUUGGCAGCGAUUACAGCUUAGUCUUUCUGGGUAAGUCUAAGAGCUUUCCACACCUGGAUUGUGUAACAUUUGCCCAUUAUUGUUAAAAACAAAUCCUCAAGUUCUGUCAAAUUGGUUGUUGAUCACUGCUAGACAACCGUUUUCAGGUCUUGCCGUAGAUUUAUGUCAAAACUGUAACUCGGCCACUCAGGAACAUUCACUGUCGUCUUGGUAAGCAACUCCAGUGUAGAUUUGGCCUUGUGUUUUGGGUUAUUGUCCUGCUGAAAGGUUAAUUCAUCUUAGCUUAGUUCCGUUCUGUUUCUUAGUGCUGAUGACUAGCCGAAAAACUCCCCAGUCCUUAAUGAUUACAAGCAUACCCAUAACAUGAUGCUGCCACCACUUUGCUUGAAAAUUUGGAGAGUGUUACUCUAAUGUAUUGGAUUUGCCCCAAACAUAGCAUUUUGUUUUCAGGACCAAAAGUUAAUUGCUUAGCCACAUUUUUUGAGCAGUAUUACUUUAGUGCCUUGUUGCAAACAGGAUGCAUGUUUUGGAAUAAUUUAAUUCUGUACAGGCUUAAUUCUUUACACUGUCAAUUAGGUUAGUAUUGUGGAGUAACUACAAUGUUGUUGGAUCUAUCCUCAGUUUUCUCCUACCACAUCCAUUAAAUUCUGAAACUGUUUUAAAGUCACCAUUGGCCUCAUGUUGAAAUCCCUGAGCGGGUUCCUUCCUCUCCGGAGUUAGGAAAGGUGCCUGUAUUUUUGUAGUGACUGGGUGUAUUAAUACACCAUCUAAAGUGUAAUUAAUAACUUUGACUAUCCCUUUGAGCAUGGCAAUGUCUUUUUUUUUUUUUUUACUUUUACCCAUCUACCAAUAGGUGCCCUUUGUGAGGCGUUGGUAAACCUCCCUGGUCUUAUGGGGUAUUUUGUGCGUGUGUGUGUGUAGGCCAGUGACAAGAAAAUCUCAAUUUCAAAUGUAGGUUGUAACAACAAAAUGUGGAAAAAGUAGGCACUGGAUGUAGUGCCAAAAAUACCUUUAGUAAGUGGAAACAUUUUAAAUAAAUAACAAAGACCCCCCCAAAAUACUUUAAACACAAACAACACUUUGUUUUUGGUGACUAUUUGUUGACUGCAGACAAUUUUGGCCAGUUUCCCAGACAGAUUAAACUUAAUCCAGGCUGUAUCACAACCGGCCGUGAUUGUGCGCACAAUUGGCCCAGCGUCGUCUGAGUUUGGCCGGUGUAGGCCGUCAUUGUAAAUAAGAAUUUGUUCUUAACUGACUUGCCUAGUUAAAUAAAGGUUAAAUAUUUAAAAUAAUUUUUAAUAGAGAUUCUUAAUCUGUCCUGGAAACCUCUGCCUUAUUUUAAAAAAAAAAUUUAAAUAGCCGAUCGGGACAGCAAAUUGUUGUCGCUCUACGUACAAUGCAGUACAGUAUGAUUUUUCACGAUCAUCUUCGGUAAUGAUUUACAUAACUGCAGCUGCUCUACUAGAAAAUGGGUUUAAUCAGCAGGACACUGGUAUUGGCAUGUAUUGCAUACAAUGUCACUGUAGUGUUAUUGAUUCAUACAUUCUGUUGAUUCUAAACGUUACAGAUUUCAGUUAUUACAUAAUGGUAGUGGUUGUCACCCCGGUGAACAUUUUCCUAGAAAUGCUGUCACAGCAGUCCACUUUGCAUUGGGUUUGGGCUCUCCCUCCUUUGCCUAGCCCAUAGCCUUUGUGUUGGACGGACAAUGUGAAAGGCAGUAGCAGUAAUGUAUGCAGUCCGGUAUAACUUUUCCUGUUAGUCUCAGGUAAACCAGAACAGUAGGGGACAGAGAUAGGAAAGGAAGGAUGCAAGUAAGAAUGUACGCUUAUGAAUAGGUGGACUGAAUAAAUGCUCAUGAUAAC